AUGAAUCACGCGAGCAAGAUUUUUCCUCAGUUUUACCAAACCAUGGCCAAAGUCAAGUUCACGGAACCGUUGAAAUUUUUAAACGUCGUGGGUGUAAACCCCCUGAAUUAUUCAAACUUUUCUCUUUUUCGAAGAGUUGUUUCUCUUGGUCUUUUCUUGGUUGUGAUUAUUCUUGGAUUAUUAGAAUUGUUGCUGCAUUUUGAUGGGUUGGAGACCUGUUCUCGGGCCUCGGAAGCAAUGAUUGUGCAAUACCAGUUAAUUAUAAAAAUCGCGAUUUUACUCAAACACAAAAAAGAUUUAGUCGUGUUGAUUGACCAAACCAAGAAAUUUUGGCCACUUGACAAAUUUGGACAACAAGCAAAAUUGGAACGGCCACAUAGACUACUCAAAACAUUUUUUUUUGUUUAUAAAACUAUAAUGUUUUUAAUGACCGUUCAGUAUAUUUUGAGGAAAUUUGUCUCAAAGAGUAACAAACCUUUGGCUAUUUCGUACGGCGAAAAACAAGGAUUGUCUCCAGAAGUUGAUCACUUGUAUUUUGUGCUUCACUCAACUACGACUUUUGUGAUCUUGUAUGCUGUUACUGGUUUCGAUGGUCUUUUCUUUUAUCUCAUCGGUCACGUUUUGACUGAAUUGAAAUUAGUUGAAAUUUCGUACCGACUAUCACAUAAUCGCAAAGACAAAUUUUUGGAAACGAUACAGCACCACGCCUCUGUAUUAAGAUUUGUGAAAAAAUUGAACAAAAUUUAUUCCCAAGUACUCUUAAAUCAGCAUAUGAGUUGUCUUUUUGGCAUCUGUUUUGGACUGUUUUUAGUAUCAAAAGAUGGGAUACCACCUGACUUGGGACACAUUACCAAAUAUGUGCCAUAUGUGAUUUCAUUUAUAACACAAACUUUCACAUUUUGCUUUAUCGGUUCUUUACUGAUUAGUUGGUCAUUACAAGUACCCGAUGCUAUUUUUUACAAUGGCUGGAGUAAACAUCACGCUUAUAAAUACAAAACAGAGAAAAUUAUAGCAAUAAUACGGGGACAAAGAGCAGCACGAUUAACACUUGGAGGAUUUGGGGAUUUGAAUUUGGAAAGUUUUAAUUUGGUAAGACUGGAAUCAAUAAAAUUAAUGCUAACUUAUUUAUUGCAGGUGGUCAAAAACGCUUUUUCUUUUUUUACAUUUGUCAACGCUAUGAACGAAAAAUAAUCACAAAAAUUCUUUAUAAACUUUAUUUGCUAAACGAAAUAACAAUAAAUAACAUUUAAGCAUUAUUAUCUGUCUUUUUAUAGAGCAUUGCAUUAACGAAAGUGAAAAACGAAAAAGUAUUCUUCAGGACCUGAAAUACUAAAAAGUUACUAAACAAUAAUGUGAAAGUCUGAUUAUCUCUAACCAUUCUAAAACUGUCUAAAUCUAAGUUACCAAAACCUCCCAGUGUCAACCUUGCUGCUCUUUGUCCCCGUUUCAUUGAAAUAAUUUUUGCUAAUUUUUUUUCUCCCAGUCGUGGUAAAAAAUUUCGUUUGGGAUUUCUAAAGACUGUUAAAAAUACAAAUAUAAGUUUGCAAAAUUAGUAAAAUACCCUAUUGACUAGAAGAUUUCCAGCAAAACAAAACGUGAAAGUUUACAAAAUGAAAGCCACAAUAUAUGGCAAGUAUUUGCUAGCACGAUUCAAAUCUGGUGGUACUCUAAAAAAAUCGUUUUUUCUAAAUUUCGUAGUUAAUUAUUAUAAUUACCCGUCUUUGGUCAAAAAGUCCAAAACAGAUUCUCAAAAAGGCACGUCAAAUGCUGGUUUAAAAGCACCGUGCGACAAACUUUAUUAAAUUUUUCAAUAAAGCUUAAAUCUAUCAUUUUACAAAAUUUCAAAUAAGUUAGUUUUACUUACUCUAAUACGAAUCUGUGGUGCUUGAUAGCAAUGUUAAAUCUCUUUUCCUCACUCCAGUUGGAGAAUUCCCAAAAGCAACCUGGACCAUUUUUAAUUCUGAUAAAAUGUGUCCAACAAAAUAAAAAAAGAGACCAUCGAAACCGUUAAUCAAAUUAAUCGAAAUUAUAGUAAUCAUCGUAUGCAAAAUUAAAUACAAGUUAUCAUAACGUGGCUCUAACCCUAGAGUCUCGCCAUAACUUAUAGCAAUCGGUUUGGGCAUUUUAAAAAUUAUUUUCACUGCAAGAAAUUGCAAGCAAGUAAACGUAAUCAUUAUUUUAUACAAGAAGAAAAAACUUUUUAAAUAUUUAUGAGUUUUGGUAAAAUUUUUGCGGUGUUGUGAACCAAACUGGGUUAAAUGCCAAAAUCUCUGACUACUGUUUAAAAGUUGGGCGAUUUGUUUUUUGUAAAACACCAGAAAAAACAUUUUCCAAAGUAACUACAAAUCAAAAAUUAAAAAAAAAAAUGAAAAAAUGUUUUACUUGAUAUUGUGGUAUCAUUGUGUCAGAAGCACGUGCAUACGUUUCCAAUCCUUGAGAAUUGAAAAUGAGUUCUAAAACCCCCAAAAAAAUUACAACAAAGAAUACAGCGAUUGAAAAUGCUUGACGAAAUUUUGAAAAAUUGUCGGUUUUUAAAGGAUGCAUUCCUAUGACGUUUAGGAACAAAAUCGGGUCAGAAAAUUUGACUUUAUCCAUAACUCUGACUGACAAAGCUAGGGCACUUUUUAAAAAUUGUAUAACACAGUUUGUGGUAGUUAUAGUUUAUUAAAAAUACAACUUCAGUUGUGUAAUGAGUUAAUGUCUAGUCUUUAUAGAAUAUUUAAACAGUCAUUUAUUAUUUAAAAGUAAGACA